AUUAUGUUAGUUGCUGAAGGAUUUCUGGAUGCCAGGCUGCUGGCCAGGAAAUUUAUUACUCUUUACAGCUUGUGUAAGGAGUUACUCUCUAAACAAGUAAGUUCCACUUCUUAAUCGUAAUUAUAAGAAAAGACCAGGCGCAUCUUUAUUUUUUUCUUUCUUUCCACCAACAAUGCUAAGAGCCAGCAGGAAAACAGCUGUUUUGUGUCACAAGUGUGUACAUUAAGUUAACAACACUAAAUAGUGCCAUCGGAAACACAAAAUUAUUUUGGUCAUAUGAGCAUGUGUAGACAUUAAGAAAAUGAAUGUUUGAGUAUUUUUUUUUAUAAAUGAAUGUGUUAUAGUUAGUAAAACAAGUGUUGAGGGUGGUAAGCUCAACAACCUUUUGUGAUGGAUUUUUUUAGAGUAAAUAGAAAUUGUACUUUCCAGAAAGUCACCAAAGAUCCAGUAAAGGAAAAAAAUCACAAAAAUUUUGGUACUUUUGUGGCUGUGUUGAUUAUUGCAUGUUAACUCAAAGUUUUAUUUACAGAACGUUGCAAACAUUUCAAAACUGAUUUGGAUCUAUGCCAUUAUUGGGGACAGGGGAUGGAUGGGGGUGGGGGGAGCAGAAAGUGAGGGCGCUGAAGACACCUGAACAAAAGUAUGAGAGUAGUCUGGGCAGCGGGGCAGCCCUCUGUGGUUUUGUUUUUUCUAUGGGUUAUUUCAGGUUUUUAAUAUUAAUGUUAUUUAAAUUAAAUUAAAUUUUGCAUUGUUGUAUGCUGGCUAGAAUCAACAAACAUUUUCUCAGAGCAAAACUUUAAAAAAAAAAAAAAAAGGAAGUAAUUAAUAACAAAGAUGGUGAUUAACUACUCCUCCCAUAAGGUAAUCAAAAAAUCUUGCUUCUGACAGCUGUUCUUAUUUUUUUAUUGUUUCAUCGCAUGUUCAUUUUAAAUGUUAAGUUCAUUGUUAUUUAUUAAUAACGUAUAUAUAUAAAUUUUAAAUUAAUAUUUCAAUGUACCGGUAAAAUAAAUGUUCACUGUAGAGAUUUCUUUGUAAAAAAUUUUUUCAUCUUCCUGAUAUGAAAGGAUCAUUAUGACUGGGGUCUGCGAGCAAUAAAAUCUGUGCUUGUGGUGGCUGGUUCUUUAAAAAGAGGAGACAGGGAAAGACCAGAAGAUCAGGUA